UGUCUGUAGGCCUGCUGUGGGGAGGGUUAUGGGGCAAAAGGUGUGCUGAGAGCACGGCCCUGGGGCCUGGGUCGUGCUCCUCACGGCAUGGCGGCUCCGCGCCGCUAGGCCCUGCCCGGCCUGCUGUGCCUCCCCCGCCAUGCCGAGCAGCAGCGCCGCCGCGGCCUCCUGUGCCGCCGAGCUGCCGCGCCUCCCCCCCCCGCUGCCUCUGCUCCAGCAGCACAUCUCCAGCCUCGGCUUCCGCGACCACGGCCUGCCCGCCGGAGGCAGCGGAGUGAUGGGGGUGGCCCGGCAGCGGGCGGGCUUGGCGCCGCCGCCCGACUCCCUCGGGGAGCCGAGGCUUGACGGAGCGGGGGAGGCGGCGGCGAGGGGCGAGGGAGGUCUGGAGCUGGAGGAAGAGGACGAAGAGGACCACCCGGCUGCGCUGCUGCUGCUCUCCACGUCUUACUCGCUCUCCCAGCCGCUCCCGCUUCUGCCGGCGUUGGGAUCCGUCCUGCUCUUGCCUGCUCUCGAUGAGCAGGAGGUAGCGGCCGGGGCGCACGAUCCUGAGGGCAUGAUGGCGGCAAUGCUGUCCCACGCUUACGGCAGUGGCCUGAGUGGCGGCGGUUCGGUAGGCCUCAGCGGCGAGCAGACGGCGUUGCUCUGUGGAAAGAGCAUCAACACCACCGAGUGCGUGCCCGUGCCCAGCUCUGACCAUGUGGCUGAGAUCGUGGGCCGCCAGGGUUAGACCACACGCCAUGGUAGGCUUACUGGGUCCCACAACUCGUGCCCACAUUGCUGUAGGAAUGAGAGGAAUCUGUUCCCUGUGAUUCUUUGGGAGUACAAAGGCUUGUGCGAUUGGAGUUCCCCUUGGAGGGAGAAAUGGUAAGUCUGUGCAGUACACCUGGACAGAGAUUUCUCUUCCCGUGUGCACUGUUUGUAUUCUGGAACAACAAAGAUUUCCUUUGGGCUAUGGAGAGUGUCACCUAUAAUUCAGAUGUCAAAAGGACCACCUUUUGGCCAUGUUUGCCUGUGGGAGCAUGAUAAACAUCCUUAUUAUUAACGUCAAUGGACAGAGCAGUUACCAGCUGGCGACGGGUUCCCAUCUGUAUUGCUCCGUGUGUUGGAUCCUCUUCAUGUGGUCUGGAAUCUCCUGGGAUGAUGCGUGGCUGGGUCUGGAUGGCCUUUGACUUGUUGUCUUUGCACAGGGCCUGACCGCGCUCCGCUGGAAGUUUCCUGAAUGCUGUUGGUAGCGCUGCUGAUUCUGGGGUCUUUGUUAGGUGUUACGGGGGUUUUGGGUAGGUUACCUGUCUGGACAGUCCUUUAUAAAAUGUCUGAAUUCUCUGCAGUGAAAGCAGUGGGCCUGGUCUUUAGAAGCCAUUACUGCAUAUGCACCAGAAACUCCUUCUGCAAUACCCUUAGCAACUGCUUGGCCACUGUAUUUUCAGUGGA